AAACUUAAUAAAGGGUUCCCCGGUGUUCAAGUUGAUAAUAUUUGGUCAUUAACGGUGAAAAACCUGGUGGUGCCGCCGACUGUAUUUGUGGGGCAGUCCGUCAAAUUGAGCUGCAAUUAUGAGUUGAAUGGCGACAGACUUUCUACUAUUAAAUGGCUCAAGGAUGAUAAGGAGUUCUAUCGAUAUGGGCCAAAGGGUCUGAUCGCACACUAUACUAUGCCUGGUAUUGAUAUUGAUUUGGCUAGAAGUAGCGACAGUUCUGUGUUUUUGAAACACGUGAACAUCCAUUCAGAUGGCAGUUAUCGGUGGGUGCGAGUGCCCCCUGAGUCGGGUCCGUCCAUAACGUCCAGUCGUUUGGAAUAUAGGGUCGGAGAUAUCGUAUCGUUGAAAUGUGUGUCCAGUAAAAGUAAACCUUCAGCAACAUUAAUGUGGCAUAUCAACGAACAGCGACGUGACAGUGAGUACGAUAUCGUGAACACCACCCAAUCCUAUGGGGAGGGACUCGAGUCGAGUGGUUUGACUCUGAAAUUUGUGGCCCAGUAUAAGCAUUAUAGAGACGGACGCCUGGGUUUUAAGUGUACAGCAAUCACUCCAACCAUUUAUAUAACCAGUGAUGCAGUAUUCACUGACACCGACCAACCGCCCCCUACUAUAAACCCG